GGCAGACACUGGGUAGGUCCCGCGGGGUGCAGGAGUCCCAUAUUCCCGGCUGCUCUUCACGCCCCAGGAUCAGUCUUGGCCCCCAAAGCGCGGCGCACAAAUCCACAUAAUCUGAAGACAAUGGAUGCUGACGAGAGUCAAGACAUGUCCCAAGUUUCAGGGAAGGAGAGCCCCCCAGUCAGUGACACUCCAGAUGAAGGGGAUGAGCCCAUGCCUGUCCCCGAAGACCUCUCCACCACCUCUGGAGCACAGCAGAACUCCAAGAGUGAGCGAGGCAUGGCCAGUAAUGUUAAAGUAGAGACUCAGAGUGAUGAAGAGAAUGGGCGUGCCUGUGAAAUGAAUGGGGAAGAAUGUGCAGAGGACUUACGAAUGCUUGAUGCCUCAGGAGAGAAAAUGAAUGGCUCCCACAGGGACCAAGGCAGCUCGGCUUUGUCAGGAGUCGGAGGCAUUCGACUCCCUAACGGAAAACUAAAGUGUGAUAUCUGUGGGAUCAUUUGCAUCGGGCCCAAUGUGCUCAUGGUUCACAAAAGAAGUCAUACUGGUGAACGGCCUUUCCAGUGCAACCAGUGCGGGGCCUCCUUUACCCAGAAAGGCAACCUGCUGCGUCACAUCAAGCUACACUCGGGCGAGAAGCCCUUCAAGUGCCAUCUCUGCAACUAUGCCUGCCGCCGAAGGGACGCCCUCACCGGCCACCUGAGGACGCACUCUGUUGGUAAGCCUCACAAAUGUGGAUAUUGUGGCCGAAGCUAUAAGCAGCGAAGCUCUUUAGAGGAACAUAAAGAGCGAUGCCACAACUACUUGGAAAGCAUGGGCCUUCCGGGCACGAUGUACCCAGUCAUUAAGGAAGAAACUAACCACAGUGAGAUGGCAGAAGACCUGUGCAAGAUAGGAGCAGAGAGGUCCCUUGUCCUGGACAGACUGGCAAGCAACGUCGCCAAACGUAAGAGCUCUAUGCCUCAGAAAUUUCUUGGAGACAAGUGCCUGUCAGACAUGCCCUAUGAUGGUGCCAACUAUGAGAAGGACGAGAUGAUGACAUCUCAUGUGAUGGACCAGGCCAUCAACAAUGCCAUCAACUAUCUGGGGGCUGAGUCCUUGCGCCCUCUGGUGCAGACACCCCCCGGCAGCUCCGAGGUGGUGCCUGUCAUCAGCUCCAUGUACCAGCUGCACAAGCCCCCCUCAGACGGCCCCCCAAGGUCCAACCACUCGGCGCAAGACAGCGCCGUGGAGAACUUGCUGCUGCUGUCCAAGGCCAAGUCCGUUUCGUCGGAGCGGGAGGCUUCCCCUAGCAACAGCUGCCAAGACUCCACGGAUACCGAGAGCAAUGCGGAGGAGCAGCGCAGCGGCCUCAUCUACCUGACCAACCACAUCAACCCUCAUGCGCGCAACGGGCUGGCCCUUAAGGAGGAGCAGCGCGCCUACGAGGUGUUGAGGGCGGCCUCAGAGAACUCGCAGGACGCCUUCCGUGUGGUCAGCACGAGUGGCGAGCAGCUGAAGGUGUACAAGUGCGAACACUGCCGUGUGCUCUUCCUGGAUCACGUCAUGUAUACCAUUCACAUGGGCUGCCAUGGCUUCCGGGAUCCCUUUGAGUGUAACAUGUGUGGGUAUCACAGCCAGGACAGGUACGAGUUCUCAUCCCAUAUCACGCGGGGGGAGCAUCGCUACCACCUGAGCUAAACCCAGCCAGGCCCCACAGAAGCACAAAGAUGGCUGCCAAUGCCUCCCUCCCGGCAGCUGGACCCACAACAGACAAUGUUGGGUGUGGAUUUGCAAGAGGCACUUGUUCUUUUAAGUUGGUUGUUUGGGAUUUGAUUUGCAUUGGAAGACAAGUUUGAAAUGUUAGAGACAGGAUUACAUUGCAUCGGUAACAUUCAGAGCAUCCAUCCUUCUAGACGGUUUUGUUGACUGCUAGCUGAGAUUUCCCUGACCAGUGGCUUUCUAACACUCCCCACCCCAACCCCUUUCACCCCCAACCCAGGAAAAAAAAAAAAAAGAGAGAGAGAGAGAGCCUGAAUUUUCAGAGAAUUGAACAAAAUGAUUAUCCAAGAAGAAGCAAAUGGAUCUUGCCCUAAGAACACAGUUUAUGCCCCAUAGAGUCUCCAAAUCCUCCAAAACAGCACAGCCACUGGGGUGGGGCCAUCUCAGGGAACUCCCACAGGUGAGCCACAGGACCAGAUAUAAGGCAGCUGGGGAGGACCAGGGACAUCAGCCUGUGCAGAGACCAGGGCCAAAGGCUGAACUAUGAAGGAUACUAUUAAGUCAUAUACUGCACAGGAACAUGGUGUCUGGACAAGCUGUGCAAAGGUGCUUCUCUGAGCAAGAAGGAAAUGGAUGGGAGAGCCCUGCAGACUCCUCUUCAUUUGCCUGACCACACUCAACCUCCUGGGGCUUGGUGCCUAGUAAGAUGAGCUCAAUGCUCCCAUGAGCAUUUUUCUCACUACUCCCAUGCCAUUAGUGCUCGUCACUGCAUUUUAGAACCCAAUCCUGAAAUUAAGACAUUACUUUAAACUUGUCAUAACUGUAAAAUUCCUCAGAAGCCAAAGCACUCUUCCAAGCCCCAGUCUCAGUUUCCUGGGUUCCUGUGCUGCCCUGGACUGACAGUACCUGGGAUGAGGACCUGUUAUCCCAUUGGAGCCCCACCCCCGUCCCUUCACUGCAAUCAAAUCCCUGUUCCUGUUAUAGCUAUGGGCCUGGCUAUCUUAGUCUGAUAAACGUCUUUCCCUACUCUUGCUGUAUGUUUUUUGGUUUGUUUGUUUGAAAACCUAUAAAACCAUUAUUCUGAAUGACCAUUUUUAGAUCAAGGAAAUAUAUGAGCCCAGCAUCUCAGUGGCUAAAACACAGAAUAACCAUGUAUUUAAACAAAAGUUUUAAAUAUUCUGAAGCUCUCCAGCAUAAACGCCACAUAGCAUGUUUUCAUAUAAACAAGACAGCACCAUGGUUAUCAAGCAGAGGUAUUAUAAUAUUGCACUGUUUGGGGCCACAGUGUGAUCAGGGCAGGUUCUCAGAGAGGAAUGCCCACCAGAGACCACAGGAGAGAGUCAAGUGGUGGUAGAGACGAGAUCUGGUACAGCCAGACCAAGACAGGGAUGCCACACAAAGACCAAGUCAGUGAGCUGGAGAUUCUCAAAGGCAGGGCCUCUCUAAAGAGUCAGUAUUAGGGUUGUAACCCCCCACCACAUCAACCAAAAACAUAUAAUUGUAAAUGUUUACAGCUGUCUUUGCAGAGACUUUCUGAGGUGAUUCUGAACUGCAGGGGAGGUUGUCUGUAACAGCUCUUGAGCUAAAGCAAGGGUUCUUAGUCUCGGCCCUCUUGACGAACAGGGCUUGAUCAUCGCUGGUGGGGACUGUUCUCUGAAUUGUAGCUUGCUUAGCACGAUCCCUGGUCACUGCCCAGUAGAUGCCAGUAGCAUCCUAGCUGAUAUCCAACACUGUCUCCCAGGUGUUCCACAGGGGCAAACCACUGAUCUAAAUCCUUAACUGGUAGAAAGUGUGGGAAGCUUUCCAAAACUAAAAAGCACUUGAAGCCUUUCCCAGUCAGCAGUCUCAAGCUGUACUCAUGUCCUUGGAAAGUUGAUGAAUUCUAUAGAUGAGCAUUGGCAAAUACACUUCUUCAAAUGCUUCUGAGUUCAGCUGCAAGGAUGGACUUCACAAAGGUAUCCCUCUUAAGUGUGGAUGUCUUUGCUUCCAGAACAAUGUGGCAUUUGAAAGUGAAAAUAAAAUUGCAACUGUAAUGAUUUACACUGAGUAAAGGGAGAAUUUGUGGAACUCCAACUGUGAACAGCUUUUGUUGGAUAUUCAGUUGCAGAGAAAGACUGGCCUUACCCAAAUUCAUAUACUCCGGUGACAACCUUCCAAGCCUCCAAUUUGCUGGCAGCUUUUGCUCACUCUUGUCCUUAUCCGUGACAGCCACAAAAUUAGCUGGUCCAAGGCAGAUGGCUAUAAUUCCCACCCCAACCCCUGCCACUGGCAUUCAGAGGUUAGAGCAGAAUUGUAAAUAGUGGCUUCAGGACUUCAGGAGCUGUUUUCUUUUUUUUUUUUUCUUUCUUUCUUUCUUUUUUCUUUUCUUUUCUUUCUUUCUUUUUUUUUUUUCAGAAUGCUUUGCCCCUUCCUCUCACUGCCUUUUUUUAGCCAAUAUAACUGUCUGUUUGCACACCUUUUGUUGUGGUUUUAUAUUGUAACAGCAUUUUU